AAAUGCGACGCCCACUUCCUGUCCACCCUGACUGCGCAGUGCUGGCUGGUCUUUUCUUGAACCACCACGCAGCCACACCUACGUUCAUCAUUUAUAGUUGUCGAUGUUCCCGAUGCUCGAAUUCCUCACCUGUUUGCUGAAUUUAACAGUUUCUUUGGAGUGAGACCGUCCUUUCUCUUGUUUAUCUGAAUUGGGAAUUGGGCCUCUCCCAAUUUCUUGACUCUCAAACGAAAGAACGAAAAGGUGAGAAGAUUGCAGUCUCAAUGGCAGGUAAGGAGCCGUUGGUGAUCACCGGUAAAGAUGAGAUGAGGCGGUGGUCAAGGUCGGCUAGAGCGAAAGGCAAGACGAUUGGCCUUGUUCCCACAAUGGGAUACCUCCAUGAAGGCCAUCUUUCUCUAAUCCAAGAAUCCCACAACCACGCAGAUCUCACUGUUGUAUCAAUCUAUGUGAAUCCAGGCCAGUUCUCCCCCAACGAGGACCUCUCCACUUACCCUUCAGAUUUUCUCGGUGAUGUUGAGAAAUUGAAGAGCGUUCCUGGAGGUGUAGAUGUUGUUUUCCACCCAAGAAAUUUGUACGAAUAUGGGCAAAAUGAUGGUAUGAAACAAGGUGAAAAUGGGUUGAAGAGAAAAGAAGGAAAGGUGGUGUCUUGCUUGGAAAAUAGUGGGGCGGGGCAUGAGACAUGGAUCAGAGUUGAAAGGUUGGAGAAGGGAUUGUGUGGGAAGAGUAGGCCUGUUUUCUUUAGAGGGGUUGCCACUAUCGUUACCAAGUUGUUUAAUAUUGUUGAGCCUGAUGUUGCUGUGUUUGGCAAGAAGGAUUAUCAGCAAUGGAAGAUCAUAGAAAGAAUGGUCCGAGAUCUUGACUUUGGCAUUAGAGUGAUCGGUGGGGAUUUAGUACGGGACCCUGAUGGCCUCGCAAAGAGUUCACGUAAUGUGCACCUAUCACCAGAGGAAAGGGUGAAGGCGUUGUCAAUAAGCAAGUCGUUGUUCAAUGCUAAACUUGCAGCAGAAACGGGUAAGGUAAAUUGCAAGGAGUUGAGGGAUUCUGUUAUCAGGGCCAUACACGAAGCUGGUGGGAAAGUCGAUUAUGCAGAGAUUGUAGAUCAAGAAAGCCUGGAAACGCUGGAAGAGAUUAAGCGUCCCGUUGUGUUUUGUGUUGCUGCAUUGUUUGGAAAUAUCAGGCUUCUUGACAACAUGGAAAUCAACGUUUAGAACAGACAAGUGUACCCGAUGAAAUGGCCUAGAACAGGUACAAGAAUCCAUGUGGCUGAAGUGAGAAGCAAUGCCGCGUUCAGCUUUGUAGUAUCUACACUCUCAACCUCUCUCUUUAUUUAUUCUUUCCGCGAUCAAUACUCCGAAAACUAUAACGUCCCUGCAUAUAGCAGAACACGAGCUCCGACCUUUUGUACCGAAUUGGGUUUCUUCUAUAUUAAUACACGUGUUGAGAACUUACCAUUUUAGUAAAUUGUUGUUUAGCAGAAGUGAUAUUGAGAUUUUAUAUGUGUAGGUAGUUUGGAUGAGAUUUUGCAGGACUCUGGUGAUCCCAUGUCCCACACAUACACAUUCAAUACUGUUAUUGCUUCUCUGUUC